CCAGUGAGUUAUGUCAUUUGGUUUAUUGGGAAAGAGUGCGGUCGUGCAGCAAUAUCGCUGUUAUUUAUUUACUUUUUCGUGUGACUUCCUUUCGGUUUAUAAAAAAAAUGAUGUGAAUUACGGCCAGAAAAUGAGCGUCUUCGGCGAUUUUCAGCAGGUUUGGCUGCAAAGGUUCCCGGAAAGUCCCCUUCCGGGUGCUUGGGAGGAGGACGUCCGCGCAAACUUGGCGAAACAUAAACAAAAGGUGGCCUUGUUAAAAGAGGAGCUGGAAAAGGAGGAAUUCUAUGUGGAGUACCUGGAGCGGUUGCUCUCUGACGUCGAACAGCACAAGAAAAGGUUAGCCAAGGAAAAAAGUAUCAGGGAGGAAAGCCUAGAACAAGGUGGUGACAGUGACAUCAUUGGUGCCGCUGAUAUCAUAUCUAAGCAUGACAAAGUGACGCAGGCGGCGGCGACGGCGCCGCUGUGCGAAGACCAAACCAAUAGCGAGUCGCUGUCCGCUCACAUGUGCAUCAACGAGAUUUCGAAACAGCUGAGGAAGUGCCGGUCGAGCGAGUCGGACAGGUCGCCGCCUCUCGAACCGGACAGUACGCACCAAGAGCACGACGCCAGCUUCGUGACCGUCAUCGAAGUGAACGGGCUGAACAAACAGGGCGGCUCGCCGGUAACAAAACUGCCCCCUAAGGUGCCGGUGCGUAGUGUUGAGUACGGCACGCAACGCAGCAACAGCGAUUCGGUGUCGUCGUCUUCGGAAAUUUUGACCAACGUCGACGAGCCGUAUUACGAUAUCGUCGCGUCCGAGGACGAUUAUUUGACGCGGAGCGACCACUCGAGUACCGAGAACGUGUUCGGUUCGACUAGCACGCUGCCUCUCGACGCGAAGAGGGAUUCCCACGAACCGCAAAGUCCCGGUACCUCCAAUUACGUCAACAUCGAGUACUUUAUACAAUCGAACAAGAAGAACGGCAACAGCCACAGCAGCAGCGAAGAUGAGCAGGAGGAUAUCGCGGAGCUGCGCCGCCACACGAACGAUAACAGUUCCUACGCGAGUUCCAGCUCGCUCGAGUCGACUACUCCGUCCACCCGCAGGAAAUUUAGUCACGAAGGGGACAACGAAUCGGAUCGCAUGUACCGGAGUAUCUUAUGUAAUAUAAUCGACAGCGAAACGAACUACGUCGAGUGGCUCAGCGUUCUUCUAAAGUACAUGAAAGCGAUCCAGGCGACGAUAGGGACGUCGCAGCCGAUCGUGAGCGAAACGGAACUGAACACAAUAUUUUACAAAAUUCCGGAACUCUACAACCAGCACGCGAAUUUUCUCGAGUCCUUGAAGAAGCACUCGCAGACGUGGGAUACCAAAAUUGGCGACACUUUUAAAAUGAUGGCGUCAAAUUUGUCGCUGUACGGCGCGUUCUUGAGCAAUUACGGCCAGGCGCUGGACACCGUGCGCAAAUGUAGCGCGAACAAUUCCCAAUUCGCGCACAUCACGAAAAACAUCAUCUGCAAACAUUUGUCGGGUCAGCCGAUCAGUCUUGAGGACCUGUUGCACAAGCCGGUCGCGCGAGUGCAGAAGAACGCGCUCGUCUUGCACGACCUGCUCAGGCACGUGCCGCCCGCGCAUCCUGACCACGCGGGCCUCACCGAGGCGCUAAAGCUCACGCAGAACUUUUUGGACCAGUUCAACAUGAUCCAGACCAAGUCGAUGUUUCCCACCACAGACCGAGCGCAACGCAGAUUAGUGAAGAACUCGUUCAUCGUCGAAUAUGUCGACGGCCACCGCAAACUGCGACACCUGUUCCUCUUCAACGACGUCAUCGCCUGCGCCAAAUACAAAGAAAUAUUUUUCACCCUACAGUCGUCGGGCCGGAGUGAGAAGUACACGUUCGAGCUUAAGUGGUUCAUUCCCGUCGAGGACAUCCUCAUCCUCGAGGAGACGACGGCGAACCUGCACGAGACGUCGCAGUCGAACAUCGUCGCGCUUAAAUCGCAGGCGUCAAACGUGCGCGAUCAACUUAGGCAGGAGGAGAAAGUCAACGAGGAGAGACAUCGUCCGAAACUGUCGCGCGGUUCCGACAAGUUCCGCAAGCGGCUCAUCGAACUCGAGAGCCAAUUAGUUCUCGUCUCGCCGAAUCUCGUCUACCGCAUUAAGCACAAGGGUACCGGACGCACUUACAUGUUUUUCCUGUCGAGCGACUUCGAGAGGACGCAGUGGAUCGAAGCGAUACAAACGUUGCAGAGGACGGAAAGGACGGGCAAGCACCCGAAUCCCGCGGCCAGUUUCAGCAUGUUCGAGUUGCAAACGUGGAUAACCGCGUGCCGCCAAUAUUUGAAAACGAACAUGGGCUCUUAUUUGCUGAGGAGCGGUAACGACGAGAGCCUGUUGGUCGGCGACCUUCACGUGCACGUCUACGACCUGGCCGGUUUGGAAUGCGCUUCCGACUUGUACGUGUGCAUCGAGGUCGACUUUUACGGGCACUUUUUCCAAAAAGCGAAAACCCGUACCGCCCGCAACACGCAGACUCCCCAUUGGAAUGAGAAUUUCGUAAUCGACCUCGAGGGUUGCGAAAAUGUGCGGGUGCUUGUUUAUCGGGAGGAAGCCAAACAGCAGGACACCCUGUUCGGCAAGUACACGCAAAAGUUGAGUCGGAAAUGGCUCAACGAGCAGCAGAUCAUCGAGCGACAACUGUCGGUAAACGGUUGCGUGUUGCGCAUGGGAUUGCGUUACGUGCCCUGCGAGGUGAGCCUGAGACGGGUGCCUGCCGGUAAGGUGGGCUCGUUGUUUGGCGAGAAGAUUCAAGUGGUUUGCAAGAGACAGAAGCGCAAUAUUCCGUUCAUCGUGACCGCGUGCGUCAGGGAGGUCGAGAGGAGGGGCAUGUCCGAGGUCGGGGUCUACAGGGUAUCCGGCUCCGCGAGCGACAUAUCUAAGUUGAAGAAGUCGUUCGAAACGAAUUCGUACGAGGCGGAGCAGCUACUGAAAGAAGUCGACAUCCAUUCGGUGACGGGUAUCCUAAAGUUGUACCUGCGCGAAUUGCCGGAGGCGCUCUUCACUGAUCAACUGUACCCGGAGCUGCUCGAAGCGUUUAACCAAAGCAACGGCAACUUGAUCCGGCGCACGGAACUGCUGCGCAAUUGUUUCGCCAAAUUGCCCCAGCAGAACCACGACACGAUCCGGUGCAUACUCGAUCAUCUGAUCCGCGUGCACGCAUACGAGGAAGACAACAAAAUGUCGUUGCACAAUUUGGCAACGGUGUUCGGGCCGACACUGCUUCGGCCUGCCGCGUCCAAAGCCGACGGCGGACCGAAGCAGAAGGACGGUCAGCGGCAAAAGGAAUCGCUGGCGACGGGGACAGUCGACGUAAUGGCACAGGCCGGCAUCCUCUACUGUUACUUGCAGGAUCUUAACGCGUCGCAGAACGUCGGUCGCAGGUAGUUUUGGGAUGUCCUUGCGCGGUUGCCACUUCUACGGACUAUCUGACGUGUGGGUUUACGUUCAUUUAAUCGGAACAAGUUCCACGUCACAAAUCGACAAAGUGACUAAAACAGCUUCAAGUAUUGUUAAUUUUCGCAACAAUACCCUGAAUGUACGGGGGACACCGUGCACCGUUGCCAAAUCACUCGUAGUGUUGUAUUUCGUUUAUACAUACAUUAUUGUUUCUUUGCGUAACGAAUCUUGGUGUAAAUACGCGCGACCUUGUUAGUGUUUUAAGUAUUUUUACGUUUCGUAACACACUUCAGUACAACGUUCCGUAUUACUAUUAUUACUUUAACGGGGGUUUCCUUCAACAUUGUAUUAGAUAAUAGCGAAGCAUUUAGAGUAACAAUAACUUUUUGCUCGCAUUUAAUUAGCGAUACGAGACACAUUAUCGUCUGCUUUCACAUCUAGGAAUUGAUAAUAAUUGCAAAAGACCUUCUCGCAAGGCACGCGUAAGCACGUCCUUAGUGCCUUAACCAAAAAAACGUUAAGACUUAUAGUACUUAAUCCAUUCAGUAGAUGGCGUAAGUGUUACUCGUGGCCAGUGUCAUUUUUUUACUUUGCCGUACAGUGUCUCGUAACAAAUUGCGCGAAUUUCAUUUUCCAGUAUUCUCGUUAGCCCAUUGCCAGGUAUAUCCCGUAACGGCGUAAUAACGAACGAGUAUUAAGGUACUCGAUAUAAGUUAAUUCCUAGCUUUUAUAUUAUUGUACACGCGCUAUCCCAAUCGUUUCAAUAGGGGCGUGGUCGCUUUCCAUCGAUAAACAGCAAAAGAUUAAAAAAAAACUGAAAAACGUUCCAACGAAUUUCGAGUCUAGUCACAAACCUGUUCAAUUUUUUGGUGCUCCGCGACAAUUCGAAGCUCUAGUCAUCUUUGCCCGAUCACGAUGCGUCGGUUUCCGCGACACGGAGCGACCACGGACCACCGAAACGUCUCCUAUAUCCGCGCGGCGCAAGUGAUGCGGUAUAGUUCGUAAAUAGUUUAGCGACGACUAUGGGAUCAUAUAUUAGUAUACUGUCCAAUUCCUAGGUCAUUCCAAAGUGUCAAAUCGAUAGACGUCAGACGGUUUUAUAUUGAACGUGGAGGGGGAAAAUCAGCAACGUGCGAGGCUUUUUGUAGCGAUGAAAUUUUAAAUAACCUCCCAAUUGUGCGUCGCUGCGGUUUCCGUUUCUAAAUCGUUUCCGUACGACUACGGGCACGUCUGUAACCGAAUUGUAUAUAAUCAUCGUGUAAGUGAUAGAAUGCUUGCAGCUUUUUUAUCGUCUGUGUGUGUAUAUGUGUAUUUAUUAUUUAGUUCGUGUAUUAUUUUUUCUUUAGAAACCCCGCCUGAAACCUAUAUUUUAUAUACAUUU